UCUGCAUUGCAUUACGAGGCGGGUAGUGUUCGCUUACUAACUUGGUGACUUGGUCACUCAGUGAGUGUGCCUCGGUCUAAGGAGCCCCCGAUACCGCUGCGUAGUUGCAUAAUUCACUUAUGCGACCAUUGCGUGACUUAUUAAACUUUGGUAUCGGUAACCGUCGCACCCGAUGCAGAUCAGACAGAAGUCAUACAAGAGUCGUAACACGAAAAUGACUUGAUCAUGGGUUAUCAGCGGAUCGAAGAACGACAUCUAAUCGGCGACGCAGUGAAUUGCGAGUGUAUCGAGGGAUAUACGAAAAAAAAGUGAAAAAAAAAAAGAAAUUAGUGUCGACUUACGUGAACAAGGUGUGAUUUUGUGAAUUUCCGUUUUUCUCAUCAAAUUCAAAAUCUAAUACCGAGAGCCGAUGUGAACGGUGAAACUAUUGACAGUGAGUGAAGAUUCUUUUAUCGUGGUAAUAUUUGGAUAAAUAAAAAAGCCUGCGAGUGAUUUCGUUGGAUCGGAUGUCUGAGCAAAGCUGGAAAGUAAAUAAAAUUGCGUGAGUGUAAGCUUGUCAAACUCUAUAGUAUUUCUUGUGAGAUAAACGGACGAUACGUGCAAUAAUUCGAGACGGUCCAUUCGGCAUUUUCAUAGACAAGAGUGAUAAGCGUCAAAGACGUAAAUAGAGAUUGACUUGCGAAUAAAGAGUGUCGUUACGGUGAAUUAAUGCAGUGUGGGCUAUCGUGCGAAACUCAAGGCAACCAAGUAACAACAAACGUAUCGGUUAAAGGGCGUUAAGCCAAGAGUCUCUGGGAACGUUUGCAAACGAUUGAAUAACGUGUAGUUAAGAAUUGUCGGAUCGACGAAGUAAUAGAAAACAUUAACGAAGGUGUCCGAUGAUUUUUUGAGAAAAGAGAAAAAAAAAUUUUCAUCAAUCAACAAAAUUAUUUUUUUGAUUUUUUUUUUUUUUUUAACAAUCUCAAUUCAAAAUUCACCACUCUUUGGAUGGUUCACGAAAAUCUGUCAGUCUAAGGAUGUCUGACAGUUCGGAUCAACUGUCAUCACUAAGUAGCGACUGUAACAGUCAGAUGGGUGCAGUGCACCGUAACGUAGGUUCCCCGGGACCUUACAACGGAUCGCCUAUGACGAGUCUACCGCUAAAUCAUCAUCCCCAUACGCAAAACUUAACGCCAACGUCGACGGGAAGUCCGCAGUAUCGGCAAGAGUUGAAUAGCUGCAACCCAACGAGCGUCAGUCAGAAUAUAGGAAAUCUUACGGGACUUUCGCUGGGCGCGAGCAGCAGUAAUUUCACGCCCGAACAGAUAUCCUGCAUGUGCGAGGCACUGUCGCAGAGUCAAGACAUCGAGAAGCUUACGAGGUUCCUCUGGUCUCUGCCACCUGGUGAGCUUCUACGGGGUGGCGAGAGUGUCCUGAUGGCCAGGGCGGCCGUAGCAUUUCACAGAGGUGCCUACCACGAGUUAUACUCAAUCCUGGAGAGUCAUCCUUUCUCACCUCGUCGUCAUCCGGAGCUCCAGCAGAUGUGGUUCAAGUCCCAUUAUCGCGAGGCCGAGAAGGUACGGGGUCGUCCUCUGGGCGCAGUGGACAAGUAUCGUCUGAGAAAGAAGUAUCCCUUGCCAAAGACAAUCUGGGACGGCGAGGAGACCGUGUACUGCUUCAAGGAGAGAUCUAGGAACGCGUUAAAGGAGUGUUACAUGAGAAACAGAUACCCGACGCCGGACGAGAAGAAAAAUUUAGCCAAGAAGACGGGACUGACGUUGACCCAGGUUUCGAAUUGGUUCAAGAACCGUCGGCAGAGGGACCGUACGCCUCAGACGAGAUCGGACAUGCUGCCGCUAAAUUGUCAGGGUACCGGCAAUGGAAAUUCCGUGAACGGUACCGUGGGCAGCAGCCAUGCCGGACACCAGUCGUUACAGUCAAUCGAUUCCGGAAGUCCGAACCUGGCCAUGUCACCGUUAUCAACAAUGGCUAUGUCGCCAGUGGGGAUGAAUCCGUGCAGUCCGAUGGGGAUGAGUCCCAUGGGACCCCAUCAUCACGGAUACGCUACUCCGGUGACGCCAUCGUCGGUUCACACAGCUCAUCCGCAUAAUGGCGGUCUUAGUCCCAUGAACGACGUGAAGGCUUUGUGCUACGGACGCGGAGUUUAUGAGAGUGGGAAAGACGUUGAACAGAGUUCCGUCUAUUACUCCAGUCAUUCUGGUAUGCAUCAUCAGUACUACCAACCGACUCAUCAUCAGAUGAUGACAGGAUCCCACCACCAUCAUCAUCAUCAUCAUCAGCAAGGAAUGCCUACGGGUUACGAGAUCAUGCUACCACCGCCUCAGCACUCCAUGUGACCCAUGGACUGCGAUGGCGUUCACGAGGACCAGGUCGAAGGUCAAUCCGGCGAUGACGUUCUCGCGCGUAUUCACGCCUUCGCUUAAUCGAUUGGCUUCUGCGUGAUCCUGGUCAAGAGAGUCAGCAGGACCUGCCAGUAUUCAAGACGUCCUUUGUCCUGCAUUUCGGACCACGUCGCAUCGAGCCAAGCUCGUUGGCGCCUUCGGCAGAUAAUAAACGGAACUGUGCUCUAGCUGUUACGUUCUCGGAACCGGUGUUUAUGGAAUCUCAAAGUUGUCGCGACACGAGAGAAGUUUCUUUAAAAUUAUUUAAAAAAACUUAAUAUACCCUUACGAGGUCGUAUUACAAAUUUUCAACAUUUUUUCAAAGAGACUUUGUCGCGAAUUACUUCGCAGUCUAUUGGUACUUUAUUAGCCUUAUCUGAUAUGUAUUUACAUUACUGGGUGAAAACGCACCCAUAUUUACUUCUGAGCCAAUGGCUGACCCAGGAACUUCGUGAAAAGAUUGGGAGGAGCUAGAAACUGGUUUCUCCUCUGCACCCUCUUAGUCCUUCUAUCCUGUUUAAGAUGGCGCUCGUGUAUGUAUGUAUGUAUGUAGAGUAUCAGCUGCGUAAUUGAACUUACGAUAAUGGCGGCAAAUUUAAACAGCGUAAUUCGAUAUUCGACAAGUAAUUGAACGGUAAUUAAUUUGUGAAUGGCCAAUGUUGAAAUUAUGA